CUCGGGGAGGGGAGGUGGCGCUGUCAUCGCGGCCGUCGUCGUCUCUGUUGAUGGAUUCAAGAUGGCUGCGGAACAUCGUAGCGGAGAAUAUUUUAGCAGUCUCGACGAAAACGCGUAAUUUUUUACACCCGUGACGAUUCGUUUAUUGCGUCGGCCGCGUAUCUCAGCGUCGACCUCGUCGAGGCAUCCUCGAGGUAUCCCACGACGAUCGCCCGAGGCAGAGCCGCGAAGAGAAAAAUGGCGCUCUGUGACACUAGCUGAUUCUCGCGAAAUCUACCUCCGAUGUCAUUAAGGAGGAUGAUUUCUCAAAUUUUCUGGCGUCUUCGCUUUUGAUCGAGGCAAAUCCAACUCUUGCGGUCAUCAAUAUGACUCCUCAAUUGAAUCGAAAACGUGGUUCGUCCGUCAGCUUUACCAGAGCAAGGGACGACAGCGAAGAUGCCGAGGACGAGAUUCACAUAUCUCUGGCGCCAUACAUACAGACAUACUUGGCGCACAGCAGUCAGGGAUUAGGAUGCUGCGGUAUCAAUCUACCUGUACCGUUCGAACGUGCAGCACCACGUUCGUGGUGGAAUCCUAGAUUCGAUUCUGAGAUCCUCGAGGAACAGUUUAGGAGAAGUGCCUUUCCUCAAAUUAGAUUAAGAUUUCGAUAUGCUCUCACGUAUAUCCUGCUGGUGUCCUUAUCGUGGCUGAUGUACUUUGUGAUAAUCGGAAUAGAGAAUGAUACAUCGAUAUCGGCAGCAAUAGCAGGUGUCUUUGGCAUCGUCGCCGCCCUGAUGUCGGCCGUACUUUAUUUAACAUAUAGGGAUUAUUACAGAUCCUACGUACUAACGACUUCCCUGGGAGUCGCGUCCACGCUCUGUUUCCUAUCCUUGCUCUUCCUCGCCAUGGUGCCGCCACACGUGGACGGACUGACCCUGGUCGGACAUUUUGCUCUGUGCUCAGAAAUUCUAUUGAUAAUUUAUACGGUGCUGCCGAUGCCGCUCUACGCCUGCGUGGGAAUAUCCACGCUCUACUCAUUGAUGUUUGAAAUCUUGACUGCCUAUCUGUACGGCUCGAAGGAUGCGCUACAGAGCGAACGGGUUGUACGAAAUAAUUCCUCAGGAUUGAAUAACACGACGGCGGAUAAAACGUUGGUACUUAUGCACUCAUCCCUAAAGGAUCCUCUAAUUGUUGCUGGUCUACAGAAUGUGAUACGUAAUAUUAGUGAUUUUACUACAGCAAUUAGCAGUACAGAGGCAACAUCGACGAUGCUACACGAAGAUAAUAAAGAUACGAUACAAAAUAUGGAUUCAGGAUUAUUCAAACCAGAAACGAUAGCUCAACUGUACAAUGCUUUAGCUAAGUCGAAUAUUUUGACGAGAUUAAAUUCCAGCAUCCCAUCCAUUAUUAGCUCAACUGUAAAUGCAUCGCCUAUAGAUAAUUAUACUAGCGAUAACAUGCUUGAUGCCACUGAUAUCGACUUUUCCACGAAUCUCGCGAUAAGGAUCUUGAUGCAGAUUUGCAUUCAUUUGAUAGGCAUGCAUAUCUUGAUAAUGACCUUCGUGAGAAUGCGCGGUACGUUUAUGAAGGUCGGUCAAUCUCUUCUGGUACGUCGACAAUUGGAAGUGGAGAAGCAACUGAAGGAGAAGAUGAUACACUCUGUGAUGCCGCCGAAGGUCGCGGACUGGCUCAUGGAGGAGAGCGAGCGCGAAAGAGAGCGAGAGGAUUCUCUGAAGAAGGGCUCGAUACCAUCUAAUAACACGGACAUCCGUUCCUUGUUUCGUCCGUUCAAUAUGCACUCUAUGGAAGACGUGAGUAUUCUGUUUGCCGAUAUCGUCGGAUUCACCAAGAUGAGCUCCAAUAAAACCGCGGAGGAACUCGUAGGCAUCCUCAACGAUUUGUUCGAACGUUUCGAUGAUCUCUGCGAGCAUCACGGAUGUGAGAAGAUCUCCACAUUGGGGGAUUGUUAUUAUUGCGUAAGCGGAUGUCCCGAACCGAGAUCCGAUCAUGCCAAAUGUUGCAUAGAAAUGGGACUAGCCAUGAUCGAAGCUAUAAAACAAUUUGAUGUUGAGAGACGGGAAGGUGUGAACAUGAGAGUGGGUGUGCACACAGGCACCGUACUCUGCGGACUUGUGGGCACCAAGAGAUUCAAAUUCGACGUCUGGUCAAAUGAUGUAACAUUGGCGAACAAGUUGGAAAGCACGGGAAAGCCCGGCCGUGUGCACUUGAGUGAAAAUACUUUGAGAUUUUUGGGAGACCAAUACAUUACAGAAAUUGGAGAAAUAGUAAACGGUGUUAAAACGUAUUUCAUCAGAGCCCGUAAAUCGGACUUUGUGAAUCAGUUUAUUACAAAUGUCACGUCACCCAAGAGUAUCUCGCCAUUGAUGCAAUCACGGAAUCGUCUAGCAUCGUGCAACAAUCAAGCCAAGCCGCGCCUUCAUUAUCUCCACAUGGUCACCAAUGCGAAUAGUUACAGAAUGAAGGCCAAUUCCUUGCCUAGCAUUUUGGAUUCUGAAAAUGACGGUGACGUCAUGGAUGACAAGGAAGAUUCGAACAAAAGUCCGACGUCUACCGCUAGUUAUGGCAAGAAAAAAGUGCGGAGUAAGCCGUGGAGGUAUUUACAGAGACAACGAACAACCGAGGAAAUGAUACCUUUGGAGAUAGAAGAGGGAAGAAAUAUCAUUAUAGAACAAGCAAAACUCGAUAUGCAGCCGUACGAGGAAUGCAAUGGAAUGCAAUGGAAUGGAUUUAGACGAAUCCCUCUGGGUAAUGGCGUUGAAAUGGAUCCAAAUCCUGUACCUUCUAGUCCUUUAUUAUCUGGUCAAGAGCCGAUUAGUCAUGCUUCUUCCAUUUGCAGUAGGAAAGACUCUGGUAUCAAGAGUAACAGCAGGCGAAGUAGUAUACAACAACAGUUGUUCCUAAUGAACGGCAUGGCCCAGGGUGAUUUAUUAGGACACAGGGUCAGCGGUUAUUAUACGUCUAGUUCAACAUUAAAUUCCACUCAUGAUCCUUCGUCAUCGGUGCCCCCUUAUCCGUUUCCCCCGAUGGUGACCGAUACAUUUGGCGCAUGCUUUCAUAAAUUACGCAAGCAAUCCGAUCUCCAAUUAAUUAGGUGCGUACAGGACAAUGUGACCUCUCAACGCUCGUACUUUGUUAAACCGCCGCUUUCGAGCGUCACUCUUUUCUUCAAGAACGAGGAAAUGGAGAGAGAAUAUCGAGAAAACGCGCACAAGGCCACUGAGGGUAUCGGCGAUAAUCCUCCGACCCUGGCUACUUCGAGAUUUAAUACGUAUUUCGACAUCUUGAUAUCCGCCCUAGUCUACACGGCUAUCACAAUCUCGCUUUUCCUUCUCUGCAAACCGACGAUUUAUUACAUGGUGUUCUCUGUACUCACCACCGCCGUUCAAGUUAUCGCGGUGUUACUCUGCAUUCGGCAGCUCUUUUAUCCGCACAUCGCUCAUACGACAUUCACGCAGAGUAUCUUCAAGUUCUUUUCCCGAUGGUAUCCCUGGCACGUGUGCGGCGCGGUUUUGGUCGGUCUACCGAUCAUCUCCAUCUUGCUUAAUUUCACGUGCAACAGCUACCGGAGUCUGAGCAACUUUGAAUAUUACUACAGCUAUCUAAUCUUUGUCGGGCUGGUCCACUUUUGCAAUUUCACGCAGCUCAACUGUUGGAUGAAGAAUCUACUGGUCACUCUCACCGGCGUGUUAUUCAUCUGUCUCGUGGUAAGUCACAUAUCUCCGUAUCACCAGGAGAAUCUCAAUAGUAUUAAUAGUAGUAGCAAUCCUGGCAACAGCUCGCAAUUAGCGACUUUGCAUUCGAAUUUUUUCAAAUCGCUCGCGAGCGAACAAAGCGAUCUGGAUAACUCGGGAAAUCUUCCGAACGCAACGAGAGAUUUUAUUGCCUCGACCGCUGCAAGAUUGUCGACCGCGAAACAUCCAGGACGACAAGAAACGUCUGCUACGACUCGAAGGGAAGCUUACACCGGGUACAACGAGAGAUUAUACAAUUCGGAAAUAUAUCUGGAUAUGGCGCUGCUGCUGCUGCUGGUCUGGUUCCUGAAUCGUGAGUUUGAGAUCAGUUACAGAUUGUGUUUUCACGGUAAUGCGGUCGCGGCGCGCGACAAGACGCGCGUGCAAUCGAUGAAGAAUCAAGCCGACUGGCUGCUGCACAAUAUCAUACCGAAAUACGUGGCCGAUCAGCUCAAGACCACCGCCAAGUAUUCACAGAAUCACAAAUCCGUGGGCAUCAUCUUCGCCAGCAUUGUCAACUUCAACGAGCUGUACGACGAGUCGUAUCUGGGCGGAAAGGAGUAUCUGCGAGUGCUCAACGAGCUUAUCGGCGACUUCGACGAGCUGCUGGAGAAAUCGGAGUACGCGAACGUGGAGAAGAUCAAGACGAUCGGCAGCACAUUUAUGGCUGCGAGCGGACUGAAUCCACAGGUGAGGCAGCAGAGCAAGCACGAAUACACGCAUCUGUUCCAGUUGGUCGACUUCGCUGUGGCGAUGCACAAGGUGAUAUACGAGUUCAAUCGGGAUCUGUUGGGUUUCAAGCUGAUCCUACGAGUCGGCUAUAAUUAUGGCGACGUCACAGCCGGCGUGAUCGGCGCGACAAAAUUGUAUUACGACAUCUGGGGCGACGCGGUCAAUAUCGCGUCGCGGAUGGACUCGACCGGAGUCGCCGGUAGGAUACAGAUGGCCAGCAAUUGUCUGGAUGUUCUAUCGGAGCGAUACGAAUUCGAGCCGCGCGGGCAGGUGUAUGUCAAGGGUAAGGAUAAUAUGGAUGUGUUUUUGCUGUUGGCGAAGAAGGAGAAUACUGAAGGUUGACGAUCAACGUUUAAUAAAAAGCUCCGUACGACCAUUAUAUAUCGAGAUGAUCCAACAUUACUUGUGGCCUGGAAAGAUCAUGACGUUUAGAAUAGGAUCUGGCUAUUUUUAGUAUCUGAACAUUUUUUAUAGCUUAAUAUUUUAUUGCGCUUGUUUUUCCGAGAGCACGCGAACUGAAUUGUACGAAUUAAAUUGCAUUCAUCUUUUCCGGUUUUUAUUUUCAAUUAUUCUUUUCAAACUUGAUGCGUUGUAAAUUUUUCUCUUGAUAUCUAGAUUUUCUUGUCCAGAUAGAAAUGUUCAAUAAAAUAUUUGAAAAUAAAAAAUGGAAGAAUUACGAAUGCAAUUCUAUUCAAUUUGUACACUAUACGAAAACUCAAAUUUUUUUAUGUAAAAUUGUGAAAGAUAUUAACGAUGGACAGAGCCAUUUUACUAACAACUGAUUAUGCUGAAAUAAUGAUUAGGGAGACGUGUAACGAAGUAGAUGGAGAAGAAAUCUGGAGAAAAAAGAUAUGUGCAUUAUAUGUAUGUGUGUAUACACACAUUUUU